AGAUAGAAGAUUAGAUGUGCUAGGAAUUUUUCCUUGAAUCAGCAUGAUGAUGAAUUAUCUUUGUUUCCUAAAGUAGGACAUCCUAUUGGUGGAAAAGGAAGAGAAAAGGAAAAGGAUUUACAUUAGAUUUCUAAAGUCUUGAACCAAGCUCAUAGAUAUAUUGUCUUCAAUUGCGACAAUGCAACAGUUGAAACAUACAUCAAAGAACAUCAUAUUUGGGUGAAUAGCCAAGGUCGAAAGCGUAGAUGGGAUAGUGCACAAAGUCAUAGUAAAGAUUUUAUUGAUUGGUUUUCUGAAAAAGUACAAAGAGAGAAGGUUAAUGGAGAACUUUUUUGGUUGGAUAAGGGUCCUAAUCCUAAGACCAGGAGGUACACUGGGUAUUUUAUCAAUGGUUUUAGGUUUUACACUAGAGAACGUGAUUCACGAUUAAAGACUCAAAAUAGUGGAGUGACUUUGACAGCUUUGACUUUAAGUUUUUCCAGUUCAAGGGAUCGAAAUCGCGUCGACGGAGACCUACUAUGGUGUAAUGGAAGAAAUAUUUGACUUAGACUUUUGGUCUCAAUUCAGCGUUGUGUUAUUUAAGUGUGAUUGGUUUCUUGGUGAUAUUGAUGAGUUUGGGCUUACAUAUGUCAAUUUCAAGAAGAAAUGUUCCAAAGAUGAUCCAUUCGUAUUGGCUUCUCAGGUUCACCAAGUAUACUAUUCUCAAGAUCCAUUAGAAAAAGAUAUUCAAUACGUCAUGAAAAGGGUUCCAAGAGACCUUUUUGACUUUGAGGAAGCACUGAAUGAGGAAACAUAUUGGGAGGAGCCUAUUGAUUCUAGUUCUAAUAACAUGCCUUCUUUUGAUGCUAAUCAUAUUCAUGUAGGAGCUGGUGGAUGUGAAGUGCGUGCUGUGAACAUAGAUGAUUUAUCAUACUCUGAGGAUGUUAAUAACCUUGAAGAUGACAUUGAUUAUGAUGAUACAGAUUGGGAUUGGAUGGAUGUAACUGAUGAUAUUCUAGCUCAUGAGCCAUAGGAUUAUUAAUGAAUCUUGAGCAAUUGUAUUUAUUUAAAAAAAAAUCGAUAUUAUUUUAUUAUACUUUGUUUUAUGUAUUAGAAUUGCUAUUUGAACAUUUGAUUUGGCUUUUUUAGUAGUAAUUAUUUAUCAUCUUUGGACUUCCUCAAAAUUAUCUUCUUCCUUAGUCAAUAUAUUAGCCUUUUCUAAUUUUUUUCCCAAAACUUGAGUAUCCCAAAACCUGAAUAUAUUAGCUUAAUGUCAGGUAUCAGAUAUAGU